AUGCCUCCUCCGGCUAAGGUCCCACGGACGUCUACUAAACAUCAUUUAGGCAAUUCUCCCAUCAGCUAUCAUCCAUCAUCCACAUCUGGCUGGGCUGAUCAUGACUCUCCUCGAAUCCGAAAGACCUCGAAAGCAGGAUUUAGGCCCAUUGGGGAGCCUAGUUCAGCAGUUAAAUUGUUUUUCCCACGCGACGAAGACGAUGAUGAAGCUGGUCCUGCAGCUCCUCAACAUAAAUUCCCCGCCUCCCCUAAUAUUCAUUCAGAAGUCCCUGCGAAGCGUACUCGCGAUGAAGGCGCAGCCGAUAGAGCUGAAGACAUGCGUGGAAGUAUCCUCUCACAACCCUUGCCGUCCCAACAAGUCCCUGGUCCACGCGAGCCCAUUACAAAGACACCUCCAGCUCCCCAGCCUAUGCAGGUUCUCCCUUCAGUUUCACAUGCAAUGGAACCAGACGCGGAAGGCACACCACGACCGUCCUCUCCAUCGGGGACGACCUGCAAGGACCUUUAUGCCAUUGUCUCCCAGGUUGGCGAAGGCACAUUUGGCAAGGUUUACAAGGCUCGCAAUGUCGUCACUAAUGUCCACGUGGCACUCAAGCGAAUUCGCAUGGAAGCAGAAAAGGAUGGCUUUCCGGUUACUGCCAUGCGGGAAAUCAAACUGCUGCAGUCCUUACGACAUCAGAACGUCGUCCGCCUUUACGAGAUGAUGGUAUCAAAUGGAUCUGUGUACAUGGUGUUCGAGUACAUGGACCAUGACCUUACAGGAGUUUUAUCUCAGACGCAGUUUUCGUUUUCGGAGGCCAAUCUGAAGUCACUGUGCAGCCAAAUGCUCGCUGGGCUGGCAUAUCUGCACCGCAAAGGCGUCAUCCACCGUGAUAUCAAAGGCUCCAACAUCCUUAUCAAUAACCGAGGGGAGCUGAAACUUGCUGACUUUGGCCUGGCACGCUUUUACCAGAAACGCCGGCGAAGUGAUUAUACCAACCGUGUCAUCACUCUAUGGUAUCGACCGCCAGAGUUACUCUUCGGUGCUACGGUAUAUGGGCCGGAAGUUGAUAUGUGGAGUGCAGGCUGCAUCAUGCUAGAGCUUUUCACCAAAAAACCAGUGUUCCAGGGCAAUGAUGAAAUCCAUCAGUUAGACGUGAUCUACCGUAUUCUUGGAACUCCUUCUACCGAGCGAUGGCAAGGGCUCACCGUACUACCAUGGUAUGAGCUGGUAAAGCCGAAAGAUGUGAUCCAUGGUCAUUUCCGUGACUUAUUCUCUCGAUGGUUAUCGCCCGCAGCCCUCGACCUAGCUGAGCGGCUUCUUGCUUAUGAUCCGACACAGAGAGUUACUGCUCUUGAGGCUCUUGAAGCUCCCUAUUUCAAGGAAGAGCAACCUCCACCUGAGUUACCUGUUGAUCUGUCCACUUUGGAAGGUGAAUGGCAUGAGCUGGAGACCAAACGGGAGCGAGCCAAGAAGCGUCGCAAACUGGAAAACGGCCUCGUAUAA